AUGCCCCUCCUUCAUAUGGGCAUACCCGCCCUGCUCGUGUGCCUGCUGGUGCUGCUCCCCCAGGUCCACGCUUUCGGUGCUGGCAACAUCGCUUCGAUUUCCGCCGUCGAGGGAAAAAAUUGGCGCCAUGGAGACAUCGAGGAUGUACUCAAAACGAUCGCAUGUAUCGCGGGGCACAAAUGGACCUCUACCAUGAUCAAGCGCGUGUAUUUUGGAAACUGGUUACGCGAUUAUUCGCAGGCCAUGGAUGUUGGGACCCUGAAAAAUCUCCAGGCCGAAACAAUCCGUAUCCUGGUGUGGGUCCUUUCGUUUUUGAGCUUCGGCUACGCGACAGGUGAAUUUGAGGUCACGUCGGAACGUCUGGGUGUUUACCGCCCGGAGGAACAUAUUGAUAAUCCAAAGGAUUAUGCCGAUAAUGAAGAUGCACGUCAAUAUGAUGAGCGCCUGCGAGGGCCAGUACGUCAGGUGGAACUGGAUAUCGAUAUGGACACUGGCAUGAAAAACUAUAUCGCAAAUGAGCGAGGCGACUGGGCAACCAGUGCCGCCUAUGUCAAGUACAGCUUGCGUCGCAGCAUCCACUAUGGUCGCACGUACACCCAUGGCGGAGAGCGCAAGAACAAUGAGGACGACUUAUGUGAGGCGUUGCGGUGUCUUGGACAGAGUCUUCACACCCUUGAAGAUUUUGCGGCGCACACAAACUACUGUGAGCUAGCUCUGCGAGAGAUGGGCUUCCACAAUGUCUUUACACACACUGGAACGGCGACACAGGUCAAUGUCCGCGGGCAUCAGAUCUUCCCGUUGGUGACUGGUACAUUUGGUAUGGUGGACUUCUUCCACUCCGUUUUGGGCGAGGCGACUGAUCAUUUCACCCAAUCGGAGGUCAACGAGAUGGACGUUGCCCUUGGCGAUGCGGAGAACAGUGCCCAUUCUAAUAAUUCACUCAAUGCCCUUACCGGAUUGUUGGGCAAGGUUCCUGGAACCAGAGAUCUGGUCCACGAAGCCGAGCAUUUGAGACAGCUUUCAGAUGCGCAGGAGGUGACCAACCGCUCCCGAGGCUCACACAUGGGCUAUGCUCAAACGGGCGAUUUUCGCGGGGUGGAUGAGCAAUCUCGCGCAAGCGGCGCAUCGCCGGGACCUGGUCUCCACGGUAUGCCUGAUUUCAAUGCCCAGGAAACAGUGAAAAAGAUUUAUCCCAUCCUCGCUUUCCGAGACAAGGUGGUACGGAAGUUGAACUCGAUCAUUGAAAAGGUCCCAGGCCUGGAAGCGAUCAUCGAAAAGAUAUCUGAAACAUUGACCGUGUUCAUAAUGUCUUUGCUCGCACCAUUCGUGCGACCUCUCAUCAACGCCGCCUCCAAAUCUCUGCAGACGGGUUCCUCAGGUGUUGUCGAAGCAUCUGGCAAACACCAAUUUGAGCCAUGGACCGAUCCCCACUGCACUGAUCCCACUCACUCUCUUCUUUCCAAGGAUCACUUUGCCAACAUCCUGAACGAGCCGGCUGGUCAGGUCGCCUCCGCCAUUGUGAAGUACGUUGGGCCUCGCGUCCUCUAUGCCUGGCAGCAUAUCAACGUUGCAGAAGAUGAAGUUGUGGAAGAUUGCAUGCGUAUCUUCCACCACCCGGUAUUCCGUGAUAUGAAUAACGAAGCUCACCGCACAAUGUUCGAGGCCGUGCAGACCUGGGUUCAUUCUCUUCCCGAUCGGGGUGCCAACCUGAAUGACGUUCUCAGCUCCGAGGGGGUCAGAGCAGGCCGUAACACCGGAGGGGUUCCGCACACUCACGGCGGCGGUGGUGGUGGAUUCGCUGCGCUUGGCUCUCAUGGUCAUGGUCACGGUCAAGCACAAAGUCAUUCUUCCGGUGGAUUUGGUGGAAUAUCGUCGUUUUUCUCUCAGCAGCAUUCCUCGCAACAGCAUUCGAGUUCGCAGCAGUCCCAUGGUUCAUCGGGUUUGCCUUGGGACAAGCUCUCUCAUUUGCCUAUCCCUGGUAUGUCCAAUUUGAAUAAGCUGGAGAGCACCAUUUCCAAUUUUCUUCCUGGCGGUCUCUCGCAUGGCUCGAGGGGCUUGGAUGAGAAUGAGGCUGAAAAUGGGGCUGCCUCGCAUCAAGGACAGCAGCAGUAUGGCCAGAGCUCUAACGGUCAGUCAGAAUACCAUGGCAGGUAUCAAUAG